CCAGUGGGUGUAUAUAUAGCGCGUCUUCGGCAGCUAGACAUCAUCUUCGUCUGGGUCCUCGUUCUCUCAACAUGAAGCUCAUCAUCAUCGCCUGCCUCGCCGCCGUCGCCAUCGCCUCGCCACAGUUCGGCAGUGGUAGCUUCAGGAAUCGCCCAGCCCCAUUACCUAGACAGGAUUAUCGCCAAAUCGCCAUCCUCAGUGACAACCGCGUCGACCAGGGUGAUGGAAACUUCCGCUACGAGUUCGAGUCUGAGGAUGGAACGAGCGUGAGUGCUGUGGGCCGACCCGGAGCAGCUGGCCAGAGCAACAUCGAGGGUUCCUACAGGUUCCGGCUUGAUGACGGAAGCAUCGCUGAGGUCCGCUACAUCGCCGACGAGAACGGCUUCCGCGCUGAGUCCCCUCUGAUCCCGACCCCUCACCCCCUCCCUGCCCACGCCAUCGAACAGAUCCGCUUUGCCCAGGCGAACCCGUCACGUGAGCUUCCAAAUGAACGCAGAAGGUUCUAAGAUGUCUUCCCUCCCUCAACCCCUCCUUCAGGACCCUCAUACACGCACCAUAGCCUGUACAAGACGUCCAUAUGUCUCCCCGACACUUCACAGGAACACCCUGAGGCUCUGACGACAACAAGGAUCGUAGCUUGAGGGUGGCCAGCCGGCAUCCCAGGGAAUCACCACACACCACCUCGCCUGUAACUCACACUUGCAAUGACUAAUAAACACAUUUCGCAUUCAAAA